AUGUUACCCUCAGAAACGGAUAUUGCGAACUUCAUUGCUUUUGCGCCCGAGGCGGAUGAGGGAAAGGCCUUCGUGUUCCUCGAGGGCUCCAAUUCGGUUGAAGAAGCUGUCACCCAGUUUUACGAGAACCCCGAUAAAUAUUCGGAAUCCGCAGCUGCAGUGUCUAGCAUGUCCAGCAUGUCCACUCCAAUGGCCAGUGCCAGUGAUGCCAAGGAGGCCAAGACGCCUAUCUACUCUCCCCCGCCAUAUGCCCCACCUCCUGAGACGACGAGGACCAUGCAGCAGCAUCGACCUCAUACAAAUCCAGUUAUCCAAGCUGGUCAUGUCCGUGCUCGUGAUGAGCAAGAGAUGCAGAACCUGUUACAAAGCGUUCAAAUGGCUAAUGGUAUCUACAAUAGCGAUAUUGAGCCAGAGCAUGAAUUUGAUGGCUAUUGCAACUGUGCAGUACAUCAGUAUAAGUAUAGGAAGAUGGCUCGGCUUGACGUUCAGAAAAUGUGGUCAAAGGCGGUUUUAUAUCCGGGAGAAAAGGCCUACCAUGACUGCUACCAAGCGAGCCUAUUUACCAACAACCCUUACAGAUACCGUAUCGUCUCACCGUAUGGAAACUUCAUCUUUUCCUCCUACUAUGUUCAGAAGCCUAGCCCCAGUUACUAUGCUUCGUCCGUUCACCAGACUAUAGCGCUGAAUGCAGCUCUCAAUCAGGAAGCACAGUCCUCCAUUGAUGCCAAAGAACCACGGAUCAACAUCUGGAAUAUCGAGCAAUUAGAAUCCUCAAUGUCCAAGAUGACUCUCGCCACAGAUUCAUCAAGCCAAGCUGAUGAGGAGGAGGAGCCACCGGUCGAAAAAGGUAGCGCUGAAAAGGGUGGCCUCGAAAAGAGCUCUGCCGGAAAGCGUCAAAGUAUGGCUGGUUCUGUCGCAAACAGCAAGACGGAAGGUUCAAAACCAUCAAGGUUUGCAACCUUGAAAAAGGCCGUUGGUAUGAAGUCGCCCGAGGAAAAGGCAGUUGCUAGGACACAAAAGAUGGGUGCUAGCGGCCGAGUGUUGCGAAAUGCUAUCCUAGAAGAAGAGCAGGGUCGAUGGCCAACACUGGAAUGGCGACAGAUCGUUGCGACCUACCAAGAAAAGGUUGGCAUGACGCAGAAGAUAGCCCACCUUCGAGCCCAUCAACCUACUCAGUACCUGCACCUACUUCGUGCUGGAUACUUCGAGCCCAUUCCAGUAGCGUGGGCAAACCUUGCUUCCAAUCCUCUAAAAUUUAGCAUUGAAGCCGCAGCUGGAUGGCGGGGAAUCACCCCAGCUUGGAGAGGAUAUGAAGAUACGGCCGAGGAACGCUUGUAUUGGGUUUUGAAUCACAGAGAAGGAGGAGCGGGAGUCAGGAUAAAGCCGGACAUAAUCUCUACGAUGAACAUGGCUCGUGCCAGGAUGGCUUCUGCGGUUGAACCACCCCCUGCUUACUACUCCCCUAAUGAUAUCUGCCAUGUGCAACAUACAUCCGAGGGCUACUCAAAGCAGGUCAUGCCCGCUCCUUUCAUACCCUUUGAUGCGCCUGAAGUCUCUACGGACGAUACCAUGAUCCUGCUGGAUGUUUCCGGAUCCAUGGACUUUGUUCCUGUACGACCAGUCUAUAACCAGUAUCUCAUUACAGGCUAUACCAAAUCCACCCAGCCAAAAAACAAAGAUGUCGCCAAAGCCAUCAUCCGUCGCUUUACCGACGCAAUGGCCAACCACGAUCAUAACUUCAGAGGUUACGAUUUUACCACCUUUGCUAAUCAAGCUAAGUACAUUGGCGUCGUCAACCACCAAAACCUCGACGCAAUGUGGCAAAAUGUCAGAAUCGGUGGAGGAACCCGAGUGAUGACUGGAUGGCAAAAGAUCAAGGAUCUCCAUUUCCAAAAGCAUUCUGAGUCAGCUACCCAUCAUCCAGUAUAUGGUUGGCAAGCCGGUCCACGCACUCCUAUGCUGAGAAUGCUUCUCUUGCUUGAUGGCGAAGCGACCGAUAUGGAUGAGUUUGAACUUGAUCUGCUUGGUCUAUCCUGGGUACACGUGACAAUAUUUUUGAUUGGCGUUGAUGGAUGUCCGCAUCAUCAUCGCCAUGCCAAUGAGCUACAGCGGAUUAGUCAAGUCAAUCAUCACGUCUCAUUUGUUGAUGCACAGGGGAAUACACCGGAACGUUUUGUUACGCAUGAGCUGCUCAAGCGGCAUCUGGGAUAUGAGGUUACGAUGUCUGAAUUCGAGGAGCUGGAACAACCGCCACCAUACGCUGGAUAA